UUGGUGGCCGGUCGCGAUAAGUACAGUGUGCACAGCUACCUCGUCGCCAUUAUAUGCGAGACGGGCGCGAGGAUGGCCUUUUGGAAGCCUGGUCUGCAAAAUGAGCGGGAUGGUGCAAGGGAUUUCUGUCUCAGCGUCCGUCUUCACUCUGGUUGCUAUUGCUGUAGACAGUUCCUGUUCCUGUCGGAGGUGCUCCAGUGGAGAGCCCAGACCACCCCGGACCACGUCCUCUACACGCUGCUCAACUCCAGGGGGGCGACGUCCAGCUCCCUGACCUGCGUCCAGCUGCACAAAAGGGCCGAGAAGAUCGCCGCCAUGCUGUCCGAACGCGGCCAGCUGCAGGACGGGGACCACGGGGCGACGUCCAGCUCCCUGACCUGCGUCCAGCUGCACAAAAGGGCCGAGAAGAUCGCCGCCAUGCUGUCCGAACGCGGCCAGCUGCAGGACGGGGACCACGUGGCCCUGGUCUACCCCCCAGGUCUCGACCUCAUCGUGGCGUUUUACGGCUGCCUGUACGCCGGCUGCGUGCCCAUCACGGUGCGGCCGCCACACCCGCAGAACAUCGCCACCACGCUGCCCACCGUCAAGAUGAUCGUCGAGGUGAGCCGGUCGGUGUGCGUGAUGACCACGCAGGGCGUGGCCCGGCUGCUGAGGUCCAGGGAAGCAAUGGCCGCCGUGGACGUGCGCUCCUGGCCGCCCGUCAUGGACACGGGUGAGAAACGGCUCCAUUUGGGCCGGUUUUAUCCCUCACUCAGCAAAACGGGCCGGUCGGUGUGUGUGAUGACCACGCAGGGCGUGGCCCGGCUGCUGAGGUCCAGGGAAGCAAUGGCCGCCGUGGACGUGCGCUCCUGGCCGCCCGUCAUGGACACGGGUUCGUUUGGCUUCCAGACCCACAGCCCUGGUUCCCACCAUCUGGCUCAUCCUGGUGGACGCCAGCUAUCUCUCAAUCCAAAGGUUCCCAACAACAAACCCGAGAGCAGAUCGAUUUUAGUAGCCUUGGAGAAAAGACUCCAAGAGUUCUCCCUAAGUCCCAGUGUUUGA